ACACGCACUGGAAUCAUCGUGCGGCGCAGCGAGCGAGAGGAGUGGAGAGGAUGACGGCGCCCAAGCCUGGCGGGGGAGCGGCGGCCGCGGCGAGGGCGGCGGCGGCGGGGCCCAGGACGGUGCUCAUCACGGGGGUCAGCAGGGGGCUGGGCCGGGCCCUGGCGCUCGAGCUCGCGCGUCGCGGGCACUCGGUGGUCGGCUGCGGCCGCUCCGCCGAGCACCUCCGCUCCCUUGAGGAAGAGAUCACGUCGCCAUCGCGCCACUUCUUCACCGUCGCCGACGUUAGGUCUGACAGCAGUGUGGCCGAGCUGGCAAAGACUGUUGUAGAAAAGAAGCAAGUUCCAGAUAUUAUAGUAAACAACGCUGGUACGAUAAACAAGAAUAACAAGACAUGGAAUGUUCCAGCGGAAGAUUUUGAUAUGGUGGUCGAUACAAAUAUCAAGGGAACAGCAAAUGUGCUUCGCCAUUUUGUACCACUUAUGAUAGAGAAGAGACAUGGGAUUAUAAUCAAUCUAUCCUCUGGUUGGGGAAGAUCUGCUGCUGCAGAGGUUGCUCCAUAUUGUGCUUCGAAGUGGGCGAUUGAGGGCUUGACACGCUCGUUAGCUAAAGAGCUACCUCCUGGAUUGGCAGCCAUUGCUCUUAGCCCUGGUGUUGUGAAUACUGACAUGCUUAAUUCAUGCUUUGGAAGCUCUGCCGCAUUAUAUCAAACAACUGAAACAUGGGCACCCAAGGCAGCUACAAUGAUACUAAGCCUUUCACUGGACGAUAACGGUGCUUCCUUGACUGUAUGAAGUCGUGAAAUUCUGUGCUCAACUGAUUGCUGAUGGGUUCUCUUCAUCUCUUGUAGCCUGAUGUGUAGAUUUUUGCGAGAUUAUGGUGAUGUAAAAUAGUAGUGAUAAUGCGUGUCUGCACUCUGAUGUCCCUAGCUGCUGUCUGAACGUUGUUGUUUAGCAUUACCUCUAUGGCCUAUUCAUAUA